AUGGUUAUAGCUUGCAAACCUACACGCCGCCUUGUUCGAGGAACAUCGUCAGGCCGAAAAUCUUCUAAUCCUGAAGAUUCAGCUCCCGAUUCUCCAAUCUCAUCGUUGGAAUCGCCAGAUAACAUAGAUUCUCCAUUUUAUUUGACGAAUGGCGACAAUCCUGGUAUUUCCUUGAUCUCUGAAGUUCUCGAUGGCAGUAACUACGAUAAUUGGCGUAUCGCAAUGUCUAUAGCUCUAGAUGCUAAGAACAAAACGACAUUUAUUGAUGGAUCCAUUGCUCGUCCAAACGAAGCUCAUCGAAACUUUAGGAUUUGGUCUCGCUGUAAUUCAAUGGUGAAAUCUUGGCUUUUAAACUCUGUUUCGAAGCAAAUCUACAAAAUUAUCCUCCGUUUCAAUGAUGCAUCUGAAAUAUGGAAGGAUCUAAAGGCUCGGUUUCAUAUCACGAAUAUACCUCGCUCCUAUCAGUUAUCUCAGCAGAUUUGGUCGUUGCAACAAGGUUCAAUGGAUCUUGCAUCGUAUUACACCACCUUGAAGACUCUAUGGGAUGAAUUAGAUGGAGCAAACUGUGUUGAAACCUGCCACAAUUGUUCAUGUUGCAAAGCUACUGAUACAAAGGCUGAGCACACCAAAGUCUUCAAGUUCUUAGCUGACUUGAAUGAAUCUUAUGCUACUAUUCGCACUACCUUUGCUGUUUCUGCACCUGAUCCAUCGCAAGCUUCCAUUAAUGCAGCUCAAAAUACCUUCAACAAUCAGAAGCAGAAUCGUCCUAUUUGCUCUCAUUGUGGCUACAAUGGACACAGUGUGGACAUGUGCUACAAGAUACACGGUUAUCCACCAAACUUGAAACACAAGCAGAAACAAUCUACAGAUAAAGCUUCUGGUUCUACCAAACCUGUUGUUGCUCAGGUGGCUCUCAAUGAUUCCACUUCACAGGCUCAAACUUCAGUCAACAUGAUCAAUACAUUGACUAAGAAUCAAAUACAAGAGGUAAUUGCAUACUUCAAUUCGCAACUUCAACCUUCUGCAGAUUCUGUCAACACUGGAUCAGUUGCUUCAUUACCGAGUGGAACCAUUACUGCUCUUCCUGGUAUGGCUUUCUCAUCUUCCACAUUAUGUUUUGUUGGGGUAAUGAGGUCAACAAAUAACAAAUUGUCUACUGCAUCUUGGAUAGUAGAUAGUGGUGCUACACACCAUGUCUCUCAUGAUAGAAGCUUGUUUGAAUCACUAUCUGAAUCUGUGAACAAAUCAGUCACUUUGCCUACUGGUUUAGGAGUGAACAUAGCUGGUUUUGGAACAGUACGGUUAGGUGAUCAACUUGUUUUGAAGAACGAUCCUAUCAAGGGAUUGAUGAUUGGUCAGGGUGAAGCAAUCUCCAACCUAUAUGUACUGGAUGCACCUGUUUUUGAUAACUCUACAGCUCUUCAGUCUUCUGUAAUAUCGAAUGUCGUGCUUGACUAUAGCUUAUGGCAUAAUAGACUAGGUCAUCCCUCCAUUCAAAAGAUAGAUUCUCUUAUACAUUAUCAAACAAUGGUCAAAGCAGUCCGAUCUGAUAAUGCUCCAGAGUUACGAUUUGAAGCUCUGUUCAAAAGCAAAGGGAUCAUCAGCUAUCACUCAUGUCCUGAAACACCAGAACAAAACUCGGUUGUCGAAAGGAAACACCAACACAUCCUCAACGUAGCUUGUUCUCUGAUGUUUCAGUCACAUGUGCCUCUUGAAUAUUGGGGAGAUUGCGUCCUGACUGCAGUUUUCUUAAUAAACAGAUUGCCAACCCCAUUACUUCAAGACAAAAGUCCAUAUGAAGUCCUUACAUCCAAAAGACCAGAUUACAAGGGAUUAAGAGUCUUCGGUUGUUUAACUUACUGCUCAACCUCUUCAAAAGGCAGACACAAGUUUCAACCUCGCUCACGUCCCUGUGUUUUUCUUGGCUACCCUGCAGGAUAUAAGGGUUAUAAGCUGUUGGACAUGGAGACAAAUAAGAUUCACAUCUCCAAGAAUGUCUCAUUUCAUGAAGACAUAUUUCCUUUCACAGGUCAGACUGAUUACUCAACUACGUUUUUUGAUGCUGUAUUGGAUUCUUUAGGUUCUAGUAACAGUAGGGUUGAUAUUCCUUAA